AUGCAAAUAGAUCCACGGUGUAUGCGGUGUGGGAUGGCACCAGAAACUGUAAAUCACACUUUAUUUGAGUGUCCGCCGGCACUACAAGUUUGGGCAUUAUCUCCGAUUCCAACAGCACCAGCCCAUUUUCCCACUGGAGGCCUGUUUACAAACAUGACGCAAUUGUUUUGGCACUUGCCAAAUGAUGAUAGGAUGAGGAUGUUCCCUUGGUUGAUUUGGUAUAUUUGGAAAGCCCGUAAUGACAAGGUUAUGUCUAAUGUGGAUUGGGACCCCAAUGAGAUAAUCGUUAAAGCAGAAGCGGAGUCUAUAGCAUGGACAAAGGCCCAGGAACGGCUGGAGAUGGCAUAUCCCCACACAGAAACCCACGUGGAAAUAUCUGCGUUAGGCGACAUAUGUCAGGUGGACGGGGCCUGGAAGGAAUCAGAGUGUAGAGCUGGUCUAGGAUGGUAUUAUUUUAACACGAAUACUCUUGAAAAUUUUAUGGGAGGGUGUAAUCUGAGGCGGGGGAUAUCACCUCUUCAGGCAGAGCUGGAAGCUCUCAUUUGGGCUAUGCAAUGUAUGCUAAGGAUUAGAAAAUUAACAACGGUGUUUCAGACGGACUGUUCCGAUGUGGUGAAGAUGGUGUCUAGACCAGAGGAGUGGCCGGCUUUCUCAUUACUACUUGAAGAGGUUGACAGAUGUAAGAGGAGAUUCAAUUCUUUCUCCAUCAUGCAGAUACCAAGGACGAAAAACACGCAGGCAGACAAGCUAGCACGGAGUGCUCGAGCUCUACUUACUGAUGUGUACUAUGUAAACUCUGUUUCACCAGUUUGGAUUUCCGAGCUGUUUUAG